GCACCCGCUAUACUUUUUCCUCUGUAGGUGUGGCACUCAUAGGUCUUUUGAGUCGACUCAAAAGUCACCGCCUAUACUUUUCCCUCUGUAGGUGUGGCACUCAAACAUGCCUCCACUCCACUCCCUCUCAUCCCACAUACCCUCCCUCCCCUUAAAGGCGUGGCUCUCAAAAUGAAACUAGCAUGCCUCAUCGUGCUUCAUACAGGGCGUGUACCUGCUCUUGGUGUAUGUUAAAUUAAAUCAAAGGUCGAGUCAGAGUAAAUCAGGGCCGGUCUCAUUCCCUCUCUAGUGUCUCUUGUGUAUCUCAAAUUGCUCACUAUUGUUAUUAUGACGCACAUCAGUGGCUGUGCACGGGUUAUUGUGUGCUUCUACAUGGUGUGCUUUUAACAGGGGGUCUUCUGACAACAUGCUCGCAGGAUCUCUGCCUGCCACUCUCGGGAAUGCAAAGAACUUGAAAGCAAUCUAUCUGCAGUACAACCGCCUCACUGAUGUCAUCCCAGACUCAAUCACCGACCUUACCGGCCUGACAUACCUCAACCUUGCCAGCAACCGUCUGUCUGGGGAAUUGCCGCCCAGCAUAGGCAACCUGCAGGACCUCACCUACCUCAACAUCUCCAACAACGACAUGCAGGGCAGCUUCCCUGCAAGCAUGGGCGACAUGACCAGCCUCGCCACCUUCUACUACGACUCAGGGAUGUGGUCUUGCCCCACUGGCUCGUGCCCCACCCCCCCCGUCGACUCCUCCCUCCUCUGCUCCGACUGCCCAUCCUUCUGCUCCUCCUGCGCUGCUGUCGCAGAACCGCCACCCGUGGCGCCACCACUACCACCUCCCGUUGUCGACUCCCCCCCUCCUCCAGACCCCUCCCCUCCGCCUCCCUCUUUCCCACCCCCCGCCCCUCCCCCCGCCGAGCCUCCCGUAUAUCCUCCCCCUCCUCCGCCUUCCCCUCCUCCUCCCGCUCCCCCUCCUGCCGAACCUCCCGCCGCCCCUCCUGCCGAACCUCCCGCCGCCCCUCCUGUCGAACCUCCCUCUCCUCCCCCUCCCCCGCCUUUCCCUCCCCCAUCCCCCCCCCACAAGCCCCCAUCCCCUCCGCCUAAGCCUAAAAAAUCCCCCCCUCCCCCCGCUCCUCCCCCUGCUCCCCCUCCCCUCGCUCCUCUCCCUUCUCCCCCUCCCCCCGCUCCUCUCCCUUCUCCCCCUCCCCCCGGUCCUCUCUCUUCUCCCCCUCCCGCCGCUCCUCUCCCUUCUCCCUCCCCCCCCGCUCCUCUCCCUUCUCCCCCUCCCCCCGCUCCUCCCAUUUCCAUUGCCCCUGCUCCUGCCGCUCCUCCCAUUGCCAUUGCUCCCGCUCCUGCCCCCAGCGCCCUCCCUUCCCCCAAUGCGCCCACCACUGGCGGAACCCCCUCAUUCUCCCCCUCCUUUAGCCCUCCCCCUCCCCCGUCCACCUUCCCCUCCCCUUCUCCCCCUCCUUCUGGCGGAGGGGCAGGGGGAGGGGGGAGCUCGCCCUCCCCUGCCCCCCCUUCAGGGGAGGGGGGAGGGGUGUCGAUGGGGGUGGUGGUGGGGGUGGCAGUGGGGGCGGGGGUGGUGGUACUGGGAGUGGUGGGCUUGCUUCUAGUGGUGUGCUUAUAUCGGAGGAAGCCCAAGGAGGGGGCAGGAGCAGGAGGUGGCGAGCAGCAGGCAGCACUGGGAAGUGCAUUAACACCCGAGGCAGCCGCAGCAGCAGCAGCACUGGCAGCCUUGCCACCAGUUGGCAGCGACCCACCCGGCCGAAGCGGCAUGAUGACGCACGGGCCGCUGCUGUGUCAGCAGUACUCCCUUGCUGACGUGGCACGGGCCACCGGUGACUGGGCAGAGGGCAACAGGAUCGGCAGCGGCAGCUUUGGGGAUGUGUUCAAGGGCGUGUCGCCUCACGAUGCGUCGGUGCUGUGGGCUGUGAAGCGAGCGAGGGUGCUCACAAAUGAUUUCCGCAGAGAGGUGAACGAGAUGGCCACGAAGCACCACCCCAAUCUCGUGCGCCUGCUGGGUUACUGCAUCGACGUGGACCCAGUGGCAGAGCGGACAGAGCAGAUUGUGAUCUACGAGUUCAUGGAGAAUGGCGACCUCGAGAGGUGGAUCGGCCCAGGUGUGCCUGUGUCUCUGAGCCUGCGGCAGCGCUUUGACGUGCUCAUAGGGGUGGCUCAAGGCCUGCAGAACCUCCACAGCUUCCACAUCGUGCAUCGCGACAUCAAGCCAGCCAACAUCCUGCUCGACAAAAAUAUGCAGGCUAAGGUGGCUGAUUUCGGUCUGGUGCGGUUGGGAGAGGGGACUUCGGUAGUCGCAACGCGAGUGAUGGGAACACCGGGCUAUGUGGAUCCUGCCUACUUCAAGUCGCAGAAGGCCACCCCCAUGGCGGAUGUGCACAGCUUUGGAGUGGUGAUGCUGACAGUCAUCACUGCUCGCAAAGCUCUGGAGUGCUUGGACGAAGGCCAGAUCAACCUCAAGCAAUGGGUCCAACCACUGGUGGCCGAAAACAACGCGCAGGCCAUCAAGGACCCGCGUCUCGACGCCCCGAGCGAUGCCAUCCUCCGCCUCACCCGCUUCGCCCUCUCCUGCACCGCCACGCCCGUGGCGGGUCGCCCCUCCAUGGCACGCAUUCUCUCUGAGCUCAUGGCCAUGAGGGAGGAGUAUCUUGGCCCGGACCCCGACCCUUUGGUGGUGCGCAUCGACAGCGACCUGGCGGACCGCCGCGGGCCGAGCUUCUCCAGGGAGAUUCGGCGGGCGGAGGAGGUGGCUUCUGGGGCGGAAGGAGGGCCUUCGGUGGAGUCGAGCGGUGCAAUGGGGUCGAGUGGGAUGAUGGGGUCGAGCGGGGCUUUGGGUUCAUCUACCAGUUUUGAUGUGUGAGGCGUAUCGUCCACAGGGCUCAUGGCCAUGGAGGGCUGGAUGGGUGGCCUAGCGACCCGGCGGACCGCUGCCGGCCGAGCUUUCUGAGGGAGAUUCGACGGGCGGAAAGGGUGGCUUCGGGGGGGGGGGGGAGGGCCUUCGGAGUAGAGCGAUGCCUUGGGGUCUGAGUGGGGCUAUGGGAUUGUCUCAGUUUUGGGGCGGGUAAAUGACGAUUACUGUAUGAACUUUCAGAGUGUUGACAGACUGGGUUCCCAAACACGGUGGUAUCAGAGCAGGCCAGAAUCCUUUCAGUUUCUGUCAUCCCUUUCUGCUUGUCGAGUAACA